GCCGGUGAAGCUGCCUUUGGGGCAUCAGGUCACAGCUGCAGGGUUGGUGUCACCCUCCUGGGGAGGCCUGACUCAGCGUGCCCCGAUGGGUGUGGGCAGGGCUGCUGCAGGGAAAAUGCUCAGGGUAGUCCCGGACAUCUAUAAAGAGGCUGGGCUGUGCUGCCAGCCUGCCUCCAGCCCAGCGCCGUAGAGAUGGCCGUAGAAUUUGAGACUUUCCGCAUGCCUUACAAUCGGGCUGUCCCCUGGGGCUUGGAUGCGGACUCCUGGGUGAUGCUGGAAGGCCUCAUUCUGAAGCAGAGCAAAGGAUUUCAUGUGGAAUUUGCUUACGGGCAGUUCAAUGGGGCCAAUAUCCCUCUGAAAUUCAAGCUCCGCUUCGAGAGAACCCCCGAGUCUUCCAACAGCCCCGUGCUGACUCUCAACAGCUUUGUAAAUCAACAGUGGGGGAAAGAGAUCCGGACGAAAACUCACUUCCAGCAAGGCCAAAGGUUCAAGCUUUCUUUCAUCGUCACCAGCAAAAGUUACAAGAUAAUGGAGAACAACGUUUUGCUUUCUGAAUUUGACCAUCGCCUUUCACCCACGGCCGUCCGUUUCCUGGGCAUGGAUGGGGACAUCAAGCUGGAGAAAGUCGUCUUCAGCUGGGAGAAGAACAGUGAAACCAGCAAUCUUAGGUUUGAUGAAAGCUAGCACGAGAAUCGUGCAAAUCAAAUUGUGCAUUCAGGCUACUUUAUAAGUUGAUUUUGCGGCCAACAUCAAAGACUAU